AUGUGUUGGCUGAACUGUUGUUUUUGUGGCUCUCCAACAGAAGCUGCGGCGUGUUGCGUGGAAUCAGGGUGUUUGAGACAAAUGCGUCAAGGCUGCCGCAUGCAUGAAUGUGACGUCAGUGAUGUGUCAGCCGCUGCAACGGAGGAGGCUGUGGCUAACGUAAUAGCAGCAGCAGCCAACUGCUCUGACGGGUCAGACGUCGUGUUGAUUCGGCUGCGCCUCCUGCACGGGCCGAGUGAAACUCACACGGGGUGGAGUCGGCGGGAAAAGGAUAUGCUUUUGCUGUGCCUUGACCGCUCAGUGCCGCGUGUGUGCCCGCCGAUUGACCCACUGCAGUACACGCAGACUCCGCCGGAGUUUCUAUUGGAGAACGGGGUACGUGUGGUGCGUCUAAGCAUCACGCCCUCUUCGCGUUACUCUUCUUUCACCACGGUGCCCCAUCGGGUGGAGGGAAGUUGCCUGCGGCCACAUUCGACGUCGGCAGACAUCACGGACAAUAACAGUGCUUCUGCUGCGGGUGCGGUAGAGGACAAUGAGGAUGUCGCAAAUACGACGCGACUCGCACGCCGGCGUUGGAGGAAAGCUGCAUGGAUGACGGCCCGCAUCUUCAACGAGGGCGGUUGGUAUCAUGCGGAGAGAAGAUAUGCCAAAGUUCACAACGAGAGAGUUGGUAGCGGUCGCAAUACCGUGAACAGUGAGAACAUCCUCGAUGCUGCCAUGCGCCUUACUGAAAAGCGUCUUCUUCAUGUGGAUGUGUUUGGAAUGGAAUUUAUUGGAGUCAUUGUGGCGCUGACUUCGCGUUACGCUUACGUGGCGGUCCCAUUUUUCCAAGACGGGCGGAGUAUUCCUCAUUGGACGCUUGUCAGCCGUUUGGGAAUACCUUCUUUGCUGGAGGAAGAAAAAAAAAAAAAUUCAAGAAAGCGUGAAAGGAGCGAUCGCGUGGUGGAUGAUUCGAAGUAUUUUUUGAAUGAAGAAGAAUUAGUGUCGCAUGAUGCGAGGCCGUUAUUGCGUCUCCCGCCUGAUCACUGUGUCCGGGUGGUAUUGCGGGCACAUAAGGUUUAUUGCAAGCAUCAGCGCAGUGUGAUUGAUGGACAGGCAUUGAUUUCUGUUGCCUUUGAAGAUGCGGCUAUUAUUAGUUGCACAGCAGUGGGAGAUAAAAACAACUUUAUGGAAUCCCUUUCAACAUAUUCGGAUGUUCUGCAGAUUGUGCAGGCAAGUUGUGCGCGGUUUCUGCGCGGGUAUGGCAAGUAUACGGAGAUGCCUGCCGACAAUGCAGGGGAGCGCCUGUUCACUGCGCUAACCGACACAGUCUCGGUUCACUUGAAGAAGUUACGCGGGAGAGAGGGUCAGUCACCCGUGACGGUUUCAUCACCGCAAGAGAUUCCAACGCUUGUUGAGGGGACUUGUGUUGAAUUCAAGGCGAAGGUUGAAAGGUGGCAGGACAGUGCGGACGACAUUUCUCCGGGGCAGAGGAGACACUCCACUGUGAACCUUGAGCGUAUUCGGCAUACCGUUGCUGCCAUGGCAUCCACGAUGGGUGGUGUUCUUCUUGUUGGUGUCACCGAUGAUGGGGAGGCGAUUGGCCACGCGAGGGAUGCUCUGAAGGAGUUGCGUCUUUCAGGCUUCUGCCCGGCGAUGGUAAAGGGCACCGUCACAGUCACUGAGAUGCGUGCCGUGUCGGGGGAUCGCCCAACGACGAUGCCGAAAGACUGGUGGAAGAAGGCCAACCCGCAAAAGCGAGAGCAGCAGACGGUGGAGGAGAAGACGGAUCGUGUCGUGACCGUCAUCACGGUGAAGCGCGGACCGGCACCCUUUUACACGACGUCGCGGUGUUCUGUACCGUACACACGGGGUUUUGCCAGCACAGUUCCUCUGCAUGUUGUCGUUUGUGCGCGGCGCAUCGCUGAUCUACUGCCGUAG